CGACAGAUGAACUGAAAGCCACGUCAAACAACAACUCUCCUAUUCAAAUACUUGAAAAUUUCCGAUAAAAUCUGCUAUUCACUCGCAGCAUGGCAUCCUCCAGUGGUCCACUAAAUGAGGAGCUCCAGUGCUCCAUCUGUCUGGAUGUGUUCACUGAUCCAGUCACCACUCCAUGUGGACACAACUUCUGCAGAACCUGCCUGAACAAGUGCUGGACAAACACAAAGACCUGCUUCUGUCCACUCUGUAAAGAAACAUUCAGCAGAAGACCUGAUCUCAAGAUUAAUACAACACUCAGAGAGGUUGUGCAGCACUUUCAGGAAAAGCUCAAUCUAGGAUCUGAAGUGUUUUGUGACAUCUGUGAUGAAAGAAAGCAGAAAGCUGUGAAGUCCUGCCUGAUGUGUCAAAGCUCUUACUGUGAGACUCAUCUGGAGCCUCAUCACAGAGUCCCACGUCUAAAGAAACACAAACUGAUCAACGCUGUGGAAAAUCUGGAGGAUUAUAUAUGCCAGAAACACGAGAGACCUCUGGAUCUGUUCUGCAGAGAUGAUCAGACGAGUGUGUGUCUGUCCUGCACUGAAGGAGACCACAGGACUCACAACACUGUUCCUAUAGAGGAGGAGAGUCAGCAGAAGAAGAAUCAGCUGCUUCAGACACAGACAGACGUGCAGCAGAUGAUCCAGAACAGAAUGAAGAAGAUUCAGGAGAUCCAGCUCUCAGUAGAGGAGAGGAAGAGAAACACAGAGAAAGAGAAAUCGUCCAGAAAUCAGCUCUUCACUGAUCUGAUCCGCUCCAUUGAGAGAUGUCAGUCUGAGCUGCUGAAGAUGAUGGAGGAACAGCAGAAAGCAGCAGAGAAACAGGCUGAAGAUCUCAUUAAAGAGCUGCAGCAGGAAAUGACUGAUCUGAAGAAGAGAAACACUGAGCUGGAGCAGAUCUCACACACUGAUGAUCACCUGCACCUCAUUCAGAUGUUCUCAUCUCUGUUCAGUCGUCCACACACCAAGAACUGGACUGAGAUCAGGAUUGACUCUGAUGUGAAUGUGUAUUCAGUGAAUAGAGCUCUGAUUCAGCUGGAGAAAACUCUAGAUGGGAGAAUAAAUAAAAACACUGGUCAAACUGGACUGAAGUGUUUGCAGAAGUUUGCAGUGGAUGUGACUCUGGAUCCUGAUACAGCGCAUCCAUGUCUCAUCCUGUCUGAUGAUGGAAAACAAGUCAGUCAUGGAGGCAUUAAGCAGGACGUCCCAGAAAACCCAAAGAGAUUUGAUAAUGCUGUUUGUGUUCUGGCAAAGCAGGGAUUCAGUUCAGGGAUAUUUUACUAUGAGGUGCAGGUGAAGGGGAAGACUGAGUGGGAUUUAGGAGUGGCCAGAGAAUCCAUCAACAGGAAGGUGAAAAACACACUAUCUCCUGAGGAUGGAUUCUGGACUCUGAUUCUGAGGAAUGAGAAUCAGUAUAAUGCUUGUGAAAGUUCACUUGUCUCUUUAUCUCUGAGAGUGAAUCCUGAGACUGUGGGAGUGUUUGUGGAUUAUGAGGAGGGUCUGGUCUCUUUUUAUGAUGUGGGCUCCAGAUCUCAUAUCUACACUUUCACUGCUCAGACUUUCACUGACAAACUCUAUCCAUAUUUUAGCCCAUGCCUUAAUAAAGGAGGUAAAAACUCUAAACCACUGAUCAUCACACUUGUUAACAAAUAAAUGUAUCAUUAUUUUUCUUUAAAAUUAAAUGUUUCUAAAUAUGUUUCACAAAAAAUGUAAGUUGUCACAGCUACAGACUUCAGCAUGAAAACCUGAAAUGGGAUUUUGAUUUUCACAAAUUUAAGCUCAUUUCAAUAAAUACUGACAUUUUUUCAACGUGGUGUGCAGAUUACAA